AUGAAAUUUAUCCUUCUACUGUAUUGCUUGACUUUUGUGAAUCUAUGUUCAUCUGACAAUAGAGUUUCUGUGACAUUAGUUCCGAAAUGGAAAACUACACCUAUUUUAUCAGAGGCCAGCGAAUACGUCGCCAGGGAGUCAACUUCUGCAUUCUGGAGAUUUUUAGAUCUUAUAUCAGAAGAUUCAGAGUUUAUGCAGAAGCAUUUAACACCAGGAACAGGAUAUCUUUCAGUGACUAACAAUAGAUUAUUAGAGAAGAGAGUUAAAGAUUUUGCUCUUCAGUCUAUUGGUGGAUCGCAUUUAGAGAAUAGCUCGAUAGAAAUGCAUCGUCGUUUGUAUACUUUAUCAGUGUCAUCAAGAAUGUUUUCGCCAACAGUUGAAAUGUUUCAUCAACUCACGCUAACUAGUGCAAGUCAUUUGUUAAACUGUUCAUGGGAAGAAGUGUCUGGAGAAUUAGUCAAACGAUCUUCUGGAACAACUUGGGCUCAUGUAGGUGCAGUGGCCGUUUUUUCCAUUGAUGAGCUGAAAGAGGCUAUCAAAAAUGCUAGAAAUGCUGAUUCACAACCAGCUUUAUUUCCACUUGAUAAAAUUUAUUCACCAACGGGUUCCUCCUCAAGUAAUCUUCCUACAGUAAUUUUGUUUGGUGAUUUGAGUCAUUGGGAGUUUUAUUCUUGGCAUAAAGCUUUAAAGUCUUUAUCCGAUGAUGGUUUGUGCAUUUAUGCAUUCAGACAUUAUUUUCAGAAUCGAGAUUCGAAUAGAACAGGUUUAAAUGGUUAUGGUGUUGAACUUGCAUUGAAAAGUACUGAAUACAAAGCGAUGGAUGAUACAAAAACUGAAGGGCCGGAUAAUCUAACAGUGAAAGAAAACAAUAAAAUUGCUGAUAUACCAGUUGUAGCAGGAUUUAAUUUUACACAAUUACAAAAUAUUUAUCCUGAAUUAAAACAUCAACUCAAUGAAUUUCAUAGUCAUUUACUCUCAACAGAUAAUGAAUUACGUCCGCUGAAAGCAUGGCAAUGUCGUGAUUUAAGUUUACAGGCUAGUCAAGUUGUAAUGAAUGCAUAUACGUCAGGUGAAAAACUCGAAGGUUUCAUUGGAUCGUACAUAAAUUCAGGUUUAUGGAAUUUACGUGAUAUUAGUCAGAAUUUACCAGCAAGAGCAAGUCGUCUUGUGAAUGUAAUGUUAGUGGAGAUCUUCGUAAAGAAUUAA